AAACUGACUUGUUUUCAGAAGACUUUUUUUAGAAAUUAAAUAAAUUUAUUUUAAUCAAAACUAGGAAAUAUAUAAACAAUGUCACCAAAAGGGCGACCUCGAGUGGAUGAUCUAAUACAGAGCAUCUCUCUUCAUACACCUAAUCCUGUUUUUCUUCAAGGAACAAUAUUUCCCUUCAUAUUUUUUUAUGGUUCAUGGUUUUAUUUUUGGGUUUACGUGUAUGGAGUUGAAGAUUACUAUGAAGCCGGUCUUGUGUCACUCGUUGCUAUUGCCUUUAUUCAAAUCUUCACCUGUCUUUGUUGCUUUUGGAGUGUUCAUUUCCGUGCUUUCACGUCAUGUCGAAAGAGCAAAUCUCCAUCAAAUGCUGUGCUGGCAAAAGUUGUGCCAACUGAAAACAAUGGCUCAAGUGAGCUUGUAAAAAUACAAAAAACUAAAGUGUCUGAUAAAGAAGACAUUGAGUAUUAUUUCACGUUCCAAAAGAUUAAAUAUAUUUGGGAUGACAACAAGAAGCAAUUUCGAGCAACAGAUUUUCCAGUCGAUCGUCCUCUUCAAGAAUAUUUCGAUUCAAAAGGUCACGAAGAUGAAAAUGCUUUAGCAAUAGCAGACAAACGUUUCGGCAAGAACUCAAUGGAAAUGGUCGUUCCUGAGUUUCAUGAAUUAUUUAUUGAACGUGCAACAGCACCUUUCUUCGUCUUUCAAGUGUUCUCUGUUGGACUUUGGUGUCUUGACGAAUAUUGGUAUUAUUCCCUCUUCACACUCUUCAUGCUCAUCAUUUUCGAAUGUACGCUCGUUCAACAACAACUUCGUAACAUGUCAGAAAUCAGAAAGAUGGGCAACAAGCCUUAUUCAGUGAAUGUUUACCGAAAUCGCAAAUGGCGCGUCAUUCAAUCUAAUGAACUAAUUCCUGGUGAUUUGGUAUCAAUAACUCGAUCUCAUGAUGAUAUUCUUGUGCCGUGUGAUAUUUUAAUGCUUCGUGGAACUUGUAUUGUUGAUGAGUCGAUGUUGACUGGAGAGUCAGUGCCUCAAAUGAAAGAUUCCCUUGAGAAUGUUGACAAUUUGAAAAAGGAACUCGACAUUGAAGGUGACGGAAAACUUUUUGUUUUAUUUGGCGGCACAAAAGUUGUUCAACAUACAUCACCAACAAAAGGAGCAAUGAGAGCACCAGACAGUGGAUGCAUCGGUUAUGUUCUUCGUACAGGCUUUAAUACAUCACAAGGAAAACUUCUCCGCACAAUUCUUUUCGGUGUCAAACGUGUGACUGAAAAUAAUCUUGAAACAUUCGCUUUCAUCAUCUUCCUUAUGGUGUUUGCUGUCACUGCCGCUGUUUAUGUUUGGAUCAAAGGAAGCGAAAAUCCUGAAAGAAAUCGUUACAAAUUAUUCCUUGAAUGUACACUCAUCUUAACAUCAAUUAUUCCACCAGAUCUUCCAAUUGAAUUAUCAUUGGCUGUUAACAGUUCAUUACUUCAACUUUCAAAGCUUUUUGUAUUCUGCACUGAACCAUUUCGAAUUCCAUUUGCUGGAAAAGUUGAAAUUUGUUGUUUUGAUAAGACGGGAACAUUGACAAGUGACAAUCUUGUCGUUGAAGGAAUUGCUGGUCUUGAUUCAAGAAAAGAAAUUCUUCCGAUUAGUGAGAUUACUGAAGCAACAGCACAGGUUCUUGCGACAUGUCAUUCAUUGGCACAACUUGACGAUGGUCUCGUUGGCGAUCCACUCGAGAAAGCAACAUUGACAGCAAUUGAUUGGAAUUUAAGUCGAGGUGAUUCAGUCAUUCCAAAACGUGGGAAAUUCAAAGCUUUAAAGAUUUAUCAACGUUAUCAUUUCUCAUCAUCACUGAAACGAAUGUCAGUACUUGCUGGCUACAUUCAAUCGUAUACAGGUGAAACACAUUACAUUGGAACAGUCAAAGGGGCACCUGAAACAAUCAUGAAAAUGUUGAAAACUGUUCCGCGUGGUUACGAAGAAACUUAUUUAGAAUAUUCAAGACGUGGUGCUCGUGUUCUUGCACUUGGAAUUAAAGAAUUUGGAAAACUUGAACAUCAAGCUGUUCGUGAAAUGAAACGUGAUGAGGUUGAGAAUGAUUUAACAUUCGUUGGUUUUGUUAUCAUUUCAUGUCCACUUAAACCUGACUCAAAAGCAGUUGUAAAAGAAAUUCUUCAAGCAUCACAUAAAGUCGUAAUGAUUACUGGUGACAAUCCAUUAACAGCUUGUCAUGUCGCAAAAGAAUUGAGAUUUACAAAGAAACCAAUUCUUGUGUUGACAUCGAAUGAUGAAGGAACAGUUUGGGAGUGGAGGGGAAUUGUUGGAAAUAUUGUGAUUCCAAUCGAUGAAAAGAAUUCACAAAUUCAUAAAAUUUUUCGCGAAUAUGAUUUUUGUAUAACAGGAGACGGACUUUUGUAUUUAAAUGAAGUUGAACAUGAAUAUUUAAAUAAAGUUCUACCAUAUGUGACAGUUUUUGCAAGAUUUGCGCCAAAGCAAAAGGAAUUUGUCAUUACGACAUUGAAGAGACUUGGAUAUUAUACAUUAAUGUGUGGUGAUGGAACGAAUGAUGUUGGUGCAUUGAAGCAUGCACAUGUUGGUGUUUCUAUAGUUAGUAACGCACCGCUACGUGCUGGUGAGAAAAAAGAAAAGAAAAAAGAAGAAUUAACACAAACUGCAGCAAUAAGAAGACCAACUAAUGAUGCUGAAAGAAAUUUAUCACCAAGAGAACGAGCUCUGAGGCAACAACGUUUAAAGUUACAAGAAUCACAAGAACGAAUGCAAAAAGUUUUACGUGAAAUGGAUGAAGAAACGAUGAAAGUUGUGAAACUUGGUGAUGCUUCAAUUGCUGCACCAUUCACAAGCAAACUCUCUUCAAUCAAUUGUGUUUGUCAGAUUAUCAAGCAAGGACGUUGUACAUUAGUCACGACAUUACAAAUGUUUAAGAUUCUUGCUUUAAACGCAUUAAUCUCUGCUUAUUGUCAAAGUGUUUUGUAUAUUGAUGGAGUUAAAUUCAGUGACACGCAGGCAACAUUGCAGGGACUCUUCUUAGCCGCAUGCUUCUUAUUCAUAACAAGAUCAAAGCCGCUCAAAGUAUUGUCGAAGCAAGCUCCACUGCCCAAUAUCUUCAACAUUUAUUCAGUGACAACAAUUUUGGGACAAUUUGCUGUGCAUUUCAUAUCACUUAUUUAUCUUGCUCAUGAAGCGACAUUAAGAGCUGGUCCUAGAGACACGACGAUAAAGUUAAACAUUGAUAUGACGCCAGAGGACAAAGAAGCUGAAUUUGAGCCAAAUAUUAUUAACAGUACAGUUUAUUUAAUUUGUAUGGGUCUUCAAGUCUCAACGUUUGCUGUUAAUUACAAAGGACAUCCCUUCAUGGAAUCUCUAAGAGAAAAUCGACUGCUUUUGUAUUCAAUUGUUGCAUCAAGCAGCGUUGUGUUGUGUCUUGCUCUUAAUCUCAUUCCAGACGUACAAAGCGCCUUUCAAAUUAUCGAUUUUCCAAAUGAUUUCCGAAAAAUUCUUAUCUUCGUUCUACUGGCAGACACAUUUUUAGCAUUUGCAGUUGAUAAAACUUACUUAUCUAUAAAAAUUGUAGAUACUAAAAUGGAUGAGUUCAGGUUUCAUUUGAUUGAUUACCUUGUGUUUGGGUCGAUGCUUGUUUUAAGUACAGGUGUUGGAGUGUACUUUGGAUACUUUAAAAAGACUAAGACAAAGCGUCAGACGACUCCACCGCGUCACCAAGCAGAUGACGAAGCAUAUGACAAAAUGACCAUAGAUUUCGGUUCAAAGUCUAUGCUUGAAUAUUUGCUUGGAUCGCGUAACUUGAAACCUUUUCCGGUUUCCAUGUCACUUGUAGCUUCUUACAUCAGCGGAGUAACAGUACUGGGAACUCCAUCAGAGAUUUACAACUAUGGAACACAAUAUUGGCUCAUUCUCAUCCCCAUUGUACUCCAUGGGUUCGUCGUUUCCUACGUAUACCUUCCAGUAUUUUGUGCACUCAAAGUUGGAAGCUCAUAUGAGUAUUUGGAACUUCGCUUUAAUGGACAUGUUAGGACGAUUGCAAGCAUAAUGUUUGUUUUAGAUGAGCUGCUUUUUCUACCGAUCAUCAUCUAUGUGCCUGCAUUAGCAAUGAAUCAAGUAUCAGGAAUAAACAUACACGUUAUUGGUGCUGUUGUAUGCGCCGUUUGCGUAUUUUAUACUUUAGUGGGAGGAAUAAAAGCAGUUGUGCACACUGAUGCUUGGCAGAUCAUCAUUAUGUUUAUUGGCGUGGUUGUUGUUGUCAUCAUUGGAACAUUUCAUCUUGGCGGGCCAUCAAAAGUUUUUGAAAAAGCUUUUGAGGGUGGAAGAAUUGAUUUUUUCAACUUCAAUCCAUCACUUUAUGAACGUCAUACAUUCUUUAGCGUUGUAAUUGGUGGAUUCUUUUAUUGGACCAGUUAUAACACAGUUAAUCAAACAAUGGUGCAACGGUAUAUGUCACUGCCUAACAUAAGGAAAGCAAGAGAAGCAAUUGUUAUCUUUACAGUUGGAAUCUCACUAUUCAUCUCAGUUUGUUGCUAUGCUGGUCUCUUAAUUUAUGCAAAAUAUUUUGAUUGUGAUCCUUUGACAAGUGAAAUGGUGUCACGUGACGAUCAAUUAUUCCCAAUUUAUGUUAUGAACACAGUUGGUGAAUGGAAAGGAAUUGCUGGAUUAUUUAUUGCUGGUGUAUUUGGUGCUGCAUUAAGUUCGCUCAGCGUUAUUCUUAAUUCAACAGCAGCUGUUCUUCUUGAAGAUAUUCUGAAAGGUUGCUUCAGAGUUCGACCAUCAGAAAAAGCAGCUGCAAUCUUUGUAAAAGGCUCAAUUCUUGUUCUUGGUGCAGCAGCAUUAGGAUUUAUAUUUGUCGUUGAAAAGCUUGGUGGUAUUCUUGGUGUCACAACAGCUCUGACUGCAAUUGCUGCGGGUACAACAUUCGGAGUCUUCACACUUGGAAUGUUAAAUCCAUGGGCAAAUUCGAAAGGAGCGAUCUUUGGUGCAAUUGCAGGAGCAUUUUUAUCGGUAUGGGUCUCAUUGGGAUCACAAAUUGCUAUUGCAGCGAAACAUGUUGCUCCACAUACUUUGGAUGUAUCAGUUGAAGCAUGUCCAAUAGGAAACAUGACAGGAAUCGUUGAUCGAAAUUAUCCUGAUGAAUCAGAUGUUUUUCCACUUUAUCGUCUCAGUUUUCAUUGGGUGAAUCCCAUUGGAAUCUUCUCAGUCGUCAUCGUUGGGACACUUGUCAGCUAUCUCACCGGUGGGCGUAAAACUGAUCAAAUAGAUCCAGAGUUAAUCUCACCAAUCAUUCAUCGUUUUCUUCCCGAUGAAACAUUCACCAAUUACGGUAUUUCAAGUAAAAUUAAACGGACGAAACUUAACAUGGAAAUGGAUGCUAGUCGGUUAUACGCCGUUGAUAGUCAUUCGAUUCGUAAAUGA